GGGCUUGGCUUGAAGGGGGCCAGGGAGGGAAAGAGAGAAGGGGAAACACACACAAAAAACUUCUUUCUCCCUUCGUUUAUCUUCAGCCCGACAUUGUCACCUCCUCUUGGUGGGGUUAGAAGAAGCUGAGAUCUCCCGACAGAGCUGGAAAUGCAUUGCACUUUGACUAUGGAAACAGAGACUAUUGAUGGCUAUAUAACGUGUGACAAUGAGCUUUCACCUGAAAGAGAGCACUCCGAUAUGGCAAUUGACCUCACCUCAAGCACACCCAAUGGACAGCAUGCCUCACCAAGUCACAUGACAAGCACAAACUCAGUAAAGCUAGAAAUGCAGAGUGAUGAAGAGUGUGACAGGAAACCCCUGAGCCGCGAAGAUGAGAUCAGGGGCCAUGAUGAGGGUAGCAGCCUAGAAGAACCCCUAAUUGAUAGCAGCGAGGUGGCUGACAACAGGAAAGUCCAGGAGCUUCAAGGCGAGGGAGGAAUCCGGCUUCCGAAUGGUAAACUGAAAUGUGACGUCUGUGGCAUGGUUUGCAUUGGGCCCAAUGUGCUUAUGGUACAUAAAAGGAGUCACACUGGUGAACGCCCCUUUCACUGUAACCAGUGUGGAGCUUCUUUUACUCAGAAGGGCAACCUUCUUAGACACAUAAAGCUACACUCUGGAGAGAAGCCGUUCAAAUGUCCUUUCUGUAGCUAUGCCUGUAGAAGAAGGGACGCCCUCACAGGACACCUCAGGACUCACUCUGUGGGGAAACCUCACAAGUGCAACUACUGUGGACGAAGCUACAAGCAGCGCAGUUCGCUGGAGGAGCACAAGGAACGCUGCCACAACUAUCUCCAGAAUGUCAGCAUGGAGGCUGCUGGGCAGGUCAUGAGUCACCAUGUACCUCCUAUGGAAGAUUGUAAAGAACAAGAGCCUAUUAUGGACAACAAUAUUUCUCUGGUGCCUUUUGAGAGACCUGCUGUCAUAGAGAAGCUCACGGGGAAUAUGGGAAAACGUAAAAGCUCCACUCCACAAAAAUUUGUGGGGGAAAAGCUCAUGCGAUUCAGCUACCCAGAUAUUCACUUUGAUAUGAACUUAACAUAUGAGAAGGAGGCUGAGCUGAUGCAGUCUCACAUGAUGGACCAAGCCAUCAAUAAUGCAAUCACCUACCUUGGAGCUGAGGCCCUUCACCCUCUGAUGCAGCACCCGCCAAGCACAAUCGCUGAAGUGGCCCCAGUUAUAAGCUCAGCUUAUUCUCAGGUCUAUCAUCCAAAUAGGAUAGAAAGACCCAUUAGCAGGGAAACCUCUGACAGUCAUGAAAACAACAUGGAUGGCCCUAUCUCUCUCAUCAGACCAAAGAGUCGACCCCAGGAAAGAGAGGCCUCUCCUAGCAAUAGCUGCCUAGAUUCUACUGACUCAGAAAGCAGCCAUGAUGACCACCAGUCCUACCAAGGAAACCCUGCCUUAAAUCCCAAGAGGAAACAAAGCCCAGCUUACAUGAAGGAGGAUGUCAAGGCCUUGGAUAAUACCAAGGCUACUAAGGGCUCUCUGAAGGACAUCUACAAAGUCUUCAAUGGAGAAGGAGAACAGAUUAGAGCCUUCAAGUGUGAGCACUGCCGAGUUCUUUUCCUAGACCACGUCAUGUACACCAUUCAUAUGGGUUGCCAUGGCUACCGGGACCCACUGGAAUGCAACAUCUGUGGCUAUAGAAGCCAGGACCGUUACGAGUUUUCAUCACACAUCGUUCGAGGGGAGCACACAUUCCACUAGGCCUUUUCAUUCCAAAGGGGACCCCUAUGAAGUAGAGAACUGCACAUGAAGAAAUACUGCACUUACAAUCCCACCUUCCCUCAGAGGUUGACACACCUUUUAUUUUUUUUUUUUUAAUAUUGUUACUGUUGAUAAUUCUUAUGUUGUGGACACGGUGUCAUUUGCUCUGCCUAAUUACAAUAAGGAAGAAAUAGAAGAGAGAAGGGACGGGGAUAUUGUUUCUUUAUUGCUUGGCUUGUUUAUUUUGUGGGAAUUUAGCAGCAGUUAAUUUCUGCCACGUCAAAUAUAAGGCAUAUCAUGCUUUGAGAAACCACUUGAUCCAUAUAGAUUCACCUAAGAGAUUCUAAUUUGCCACUGAUAUUCAGGAUUAUGAUUGGAGACAGGACAGUUUAGAGUUUUCUGGGUAGGACUUUGGCAGUUUAAAAUGGUACAAGUAAUUUUACUCUUGAAAGAAAAAUGUAUUUCAAAUGUAAACUGAUUGUUUUGUUCUUUAGAGCUCAUGGAACACAAACGCAUUGUUAUUUUUGGUGAGUUGACUUGCUGAUGUGGGUCCUAUGUUUACUUUCCCUGCAGAAUUUCUAAUUCAGUAUGUUUUACACUGUACCAUAUGUCAAAACUUUUAAACUACAGGUAGUGAAGGGCCACCUAUAAUACAUCUGUGGUCCUGUGACCUUAUUUUUCUAAACUUAAGCACUGUUUUUCCAUAGUUUUGGUGACUGGCAUUUUAUAGCACCCUGGCAGCCUUACUUUUAACACCUUUAACAAAUAGUAUUUUUAUGUAGUUUUCAGAAUAACAUAUGGUCUAAGAGUGGAUAAGAGGCAGUCAGUAAUUUCCAGGAGGGACUUCUACUUUUUCAUAAAAUUUGUUUGAGAAGCUUUCUUUUAAAGUUGCAGUCUGAUGGCAGCAUAGUAUACUUAUUUGUUUCUAAAAGUGUGCUUAUGAUUGUCACUUUAUCAGCAUUUAAUCAGUGUUAACCAGUCAGCAGAAAAAUGUAAUUAGGCUAACAGUAAGGGGAAAACACACCACUUAGAAAUCUCUUUUCUGGUACUUCUCUUUUCACUGUUUUCUUCAAGCUAUGACCACCCAGGGUUCUGUCCAUUCAUUCAUCUUUUACUCAUUGAGUAAAGGUCUUAAAAAUCUUGAUGUAGACUAUUUCUUUGAAAAAUUUCCUCAGAGCAAUUGCCAAUUUAACCUGAAUGUGGUAACUUGAACCCUGUAAUGUUAUUGAACUAGGGCUAUUUAUUCUAGAAUUUCUUUGGUAAUAAUAUUUACUACUCUUGCUGCAAAGAAAAGAGGACUUCUUUGUCUCCUGUACAUUGGACUAUGAUCAAACAAACAACAAAGUUUAGUCUUAACCCUUCUUGGAGUCUAGAAUGUGAUAGAACCUUGUGACAGAACCUCCAAAGGAAGGUCCUGCAUGUUUUUCUGUUUCAAAAACACUUAACUUUAUAAAUCCUUGUCAGAAAGGAAUCUCACUCCCCUAGUGCAGAAUUUCGCUUCUUUUAAUCCACACAUGACUUAAGUUGCCAUACUUCCUUUGCAAAUAUUAAUUUUAUUGAUGCGGGUGCUCUGUUUUUCCUUUGCAGUCUAACAGCUUUAGAGAGGAGGAACUGAGUGACAUGAUUCAAGUCAUUCUGGGGGGACAUACUUGGAAGGCAGAACUUGCUGCUUGUGUUUGGGGCCGCAGGCCCAACUGCGACUCAAUUAUCUGAUAACCUUUCAUGAAUACUGAAUUUCUGUUCAGCAGUAACUGCUAACUGCUCUAAAACAUCAUUAAAUAGUGUGCUGCAACUAUAUUUCUCAAUACAGUUGUAAUGUGAGAAUUACCAAGACUAGAGAAACUUGGACAGACAAGCAAGUCUGGCCCCAAUAUUGAUCUUAACUCAUUUUCUGGUUUACCAUUUGCUCAUUUAAGCAAUUUCAAAGCACUAACACAGAUAGAACUACGCAAAAAUGAUGAUAACUCAGCUCUCUUUUACUAGUCUCUAUCACAAUUAUUUUUUGAAAAAUAUCCAAACUGUCUCUUUAAAUCUAAGGGAAUGCACCAACAUAGAGAUUUAUAGAAUGUUGACUGUUACAUGUUUUGUUUUUUCCCUGCAUGCCUUGGUACAUUGUGAACACACAAUCUGUUCAAAGGCAAAGCAUGUCCUUGAGACUCCCUCACCCCUCACCUACCGUAACCAUGGUCAAAAAAUAAUUGGAAUGCGUUUUUUUUUUUUCUUUUGGAUGAGGCAAAUAAUUUUAAGGUUCAUGAUUUUUGUCCUUUACUGCAAUUGAAGGAAACAUUUGGUUGCCAGUCAGUAUGCUCAUAAUUUUGGCUGUGUGUGAAUUUCUGCUAGCAAUAUCUAUGAUAUUUCUUCCUCCUUUUUUUCUUCUUCUUUUUUUCAGUGUAUGAACAAUCUUGUACUUACCUGCCCUAGGGUGAAACUGAAUUUAGGUGGACCUAAACAGUUGUGUAGUUCCCCUUGUGAAGACAUUACUAAGGCACUUUCCUUUUCGGAUCUUAUCUUUUUAAGAAUCUAUUUUAUUGAAGCUUGUUAAUAGUUGAGAGUGCCAUUUGCUACAAGUGUAUACUUGUAUUUUCUUAGUUCCUUGAUGGUAGGAACAGAAGGAGGUGGAAAUGGCUUAGGGUGUGGCAGGAAUAAAUGAGGACAGUCAAUUCAAAUCUAUAGGUUAGAAAGAAUUUCUGUGGACAUGGUGCUUUCUGAGAAACUCUAGAUGGUUAUAUCUGCAUGCCUCUUGUAAACAGAAAGAAAUAUGCAAGGUGGUAGCACCUAAAAAUAAAUAUGAGGUUCAGACACCAAAUAAAUCAAGUUUUAUGUAACAGUGUAUACCCAGUUUAUUUAGAUUUCACAUUACAGAAAGUAUUUGAGGGGCAUGAAAAUGGGUUAUCCUCUAUAUUUUCCAGUUUGGCAAAAUCAGAAGUUCAUCACAUUGUUGUGCCCUAAUUUUGCCCAGAAUUUUAUCUCUAACUUCUUUCUAAUAGUGGUGAGUCACAAUUAAAAAGGCAUUCUAAUUGGUCUUUUUUAAACAGUGAAAGUGACCAGUAGGCAGAUUGGAAGAGAUUUCAAGUUGUUGAAACAUUCCAUUGAGAAUUUUAUAAAGGGACAAAAUGGGAGAAUGAGAAACUAGGAUUUAGAUUUGACUACAAAGUAGGAAGUAUCUCGUCUGCAUACUUACAGGUAUAUGUGUGAAUCGUACGUAGUGUGUAUGUAUGUGAGUGUAUCGCACAUUGCUUUAAAGAAAAUUCAUGAAAUGAAGCAAUUGGACUGAUCAGAUGUGUUGCUAGAAAAUAUAGAAACUUUAAAUUAUAAUUAAUACCUGAGCAAUUAGGUGGGUUUGCUGAUUGUAUUAAGAAAUACUAAAGAAUUUUACUAGUGUGAUUUUUAGGACUAAUGGCAACUAUGAAAAUUAAACCUUAGGUAUUUAUUAUCCAGAACAAGGUGAAACAAGCAAUGAAAAAAAGAUUUUAAGCUGAUUUGAUAUAAAUUUAAGGAAUAUAAAUUCCUUUUCGAAUAAGAAGAAAUACAAGAAAGAAGUGGUAUCAACUGUUACUUACUGCCCCCCCCAAAAAAGAAGAAGACAUGAAUAUUUUGGUGAGCUUGAUAGAUUUCUUUUUUAUAGUUUUUGUCUUGGUUGUACACCUCGCAAAACCCUGAAGUCCUUAGUAUUUCAUGAAUGUUUAACAAAAUUUACAUCAGAUUAAGGCAUUUAGCUGAAAAUUAUGUGUUUAUUAUUUUCCAAACCUUACUGUAUUCUAUUUCCAAAUUGAUUCCUUAGGGUAGCAAAGGAGCAGAUGAGGCUGUGAAAAUAUAAACAAAAAACUGGAUGCCCCUAGUUUCAAGACAGAGUUUAGACUUUAAGAGGUACUAGUUAUACGGCUUUCUUUAAUUUUGAAUUGUUCAUUUUAUAAAAAGGGAUUAAUUUACAUUUUUGGUUAUCAUAAAUUAUAUUUUACAUAUUACCUUAAUAAGUAAUAUCUGUAUAAAGAUUAUUUUCAACCAGAAAAUUCUCGAAUCCAAAAGAAAAAAAAAGUGUAUGAGGGGGUGAAAUUAAAGUUCGUAUAUAUGAAAGUUAUCUUAGAAAUAUUUUUAAUCCUCCAGUUUCUGCAAAAUAAUUAAAAUAUACAGUAACUGGUCUCUAAAAAUCUUGAAGUUAAUAUAUUAAAUACUUAUAAAAAUGUUUAUAUCCGUGCCUUUUUAAAAUGCAUUAAGAGUGUUGGUUAGCUUUUACAAAUCUACAAUACUUUUAACAUGCAUUUUUAAAAAUCACUUAAAAUUGAGUACUAUAUAAUUCAUCUUUGUGUUCUUAGGGCAAAACUUCGGAGCAGUUUCCAAAACAGAAACUUUCAACUCAACUGCUAAAAGGAAACUUUGACACCAAUUUUUAAUAUCUUUUUAGUGUCAUAGUAUUUCUGAAUAUCAUUAAAAGAUUAGGCAGGUAAAAUAUAAGAUGGAGUGAAGUUUUACCUGUGGAUUUAAUUAUGGUAUAUGUUUUUGUUUUGUUUUUAAGGAAGAAUAAGUUCUGUAUCACACAAGGAUUCAUUGGCAGAAAUUUGGUUAAUAAAAUCAGUAUUGUUUGGGAUUUUCAUCUCUAGACUAGUAUUGUUCUAGUCUUGGACUCUUUAUUUCCUAAUCUGUGAAUUUUUGAUGGAAUAAUGUAAGGGGAAAAAAGCACGUAGUUAAUUCUUCUUGAACAAAACAAAGCUGAACAGUCAUAUCACAUCGCUGUUCUCCAAAGCAUAAUCUCAAUUGGUUGCAUACCAUGGUAGUGUAUUUCUUGCAAUGGAUGUGUUAGGAUGUGACAGCUUUUUUAAAAAUGAGCUGCUGGUUAUUUUAAAGCAAAUGUCAUAUGACCAAGAAGCUGUGAUAUUCUAGUGUUUCUUUUUAUCAUAGUGUAUUGCUAGGCCAAAUAAUGACACCUUGAAUAUUUUUACAUUUAUUGCAGAAACCUAAAACUUUGGAAUUUCCAUAAGGUUUUUAUGUAAUAUUCUAUUUCUAACUUUUUAGUUUUAUCUUGCUGUACUGUAAGUUUGUGGAUAUUUUUCACAUGCACUCUUAGGAAUAAGUUAAUAAUUCUGUUUAUGGGGGUUUUCUCCAGUAACAAUACAUUUGUAUAUUUUCUGUAUAAAUUUGUUGUGAAUUAACUUUUAUCCCAUACAGAAAAUGGUACAUGAAUGACUAGUUUUCUAAGAUGUCCUUUUUAUUGUGAAUAAAAUAUAAAAUUUAGAGGCCCUCUGCUAAGCCACAUAAAAAGUACAGCAUGUAACUUCAGAUAGGUACACAUAAGCCAGUUUGCAGUGAAUUGGGCCUUCAAAUUACCUCAAGUGACACACAGUUUAAAAAAAAAAGAAAGCUUCUUGAAUGGGUGGAGGUCACUGAAUCCCCCUGCUAUGCACUUAUCAGGAUUUUACUUAGUUUAAUUUACUGGAAGUGAAUUUUUUUAAAUGAGUACACUGUAACAAGGGAAGGAAUCUGGGUUUUGUGUUGUAUUGUUUUAUUCUUGACUUUUUUCUUAAGUAGUUCAAAUUCUGAAACUGUGAUAAAAAAAAUUUUUUUUGGACAGUCAAGCACUCUCAGAUUUUGAACCUAAAUCACUUCUGUACAACAAAGUUCUCUUUGUUAUCUUUUUUAAAAUUUUGUAAACUCUUCCCCAGCCUCUUUCUGCCUUUGACCAUCUUCUUCUUCCGUCAUUGUCUCUGGACGUCUUUGCCUCUCUUUCUUCCUACUAGUUUAAGAUUAGAUCAACUCUUAUUUCCAGUUCAUUGGUCUUUUAAGUUUUUGUUUGUGAUUUUUGUUGGCUGUAUACCCUGCUGGCAUAUUUUUAUACUCAAGUGUAGUUUUAUAUUUAAAAGAAAAGUGGUUAGAUUAAAAAUAGUAAGCUCUAUAACCCUCGUGUUACUUUCACUUUCAAAUGUUGGGUACCUAAAACAUGACUUCAGAGAUGAUGUAAUCAUAUUAUAGUAUGUUUGCCUUCCUUUUUUGUUGGACUUUACAUUCUGGUUUGGCUGUCCUUUGAAAAUGUGUAUCAUGAAAGACUAGAUAAGUUUUUGCAAGCAUUUAGAAAGAUGUUAAAAAUGUAAAGCAAAGAGUCUUAACUUUCUCCCACUUGGGAGAAAAAUGCUUUCACAUUACUACAAUAAUAUUCCAGGUUUGGAGGGGGUCUCCAAGCCCCAUAUUUGCUCUUAAUCAUUGGACCUUUUAGACCAUGUGUUAUUUGCAACCCCAGAAUGAUUGUUUCUGCUGUUAGUUUAAAAGAUACUAUUAUUUUCUUUCUGUACAAGUGCAAUAUUUCCCUUGAAGUCUUAAAAACUUAGUGAUUUUUUUUUCUUUUCUAACCUAUCCUUUAACUAAUGGCAGAAAGAAACUCAUGAAAAUAAUUGUAUGUUAAGGACACAGCAAACAAAGAGAAAAGCACUCCACAUUCAAAAGCUUAGAGACUGUGGAAACCACUGAUCUCAUGGUAUCUUUACUUAGGCUAAAUUUUCAUUGAAAUUGGUCAUCUUUUGCCUGAGCUAUGUGUCCUGAAGCUGAUCUUUUUACACACUGAAUUUCCUUCUUAGACCCUUGCCCAAUGCUCUAAAUUAAGAACCUAAUAUUUAAUAUUUUUAUUUCAUUUAUCUCCUUUUAGAAAUAAACUUUUAAAUAAAAGCAAAGCACUUAGCUCAGUUUUAAACACUUACAUAUCACCUACUGGAGAAAAAUUUUUAAGAAUAUUUGGAACAGUUCUGUUUUCAUACAAAUUUAAGUAAGAAAUAUUUUUCGUAUCAUACAUAUUUAUAUGCAGUUUGCUGAUUUUCUUUUUUUAUACCUGUGUCCCUGUAGUAAAACUGCUGUAAUGUAAAUAGAUGUUUUGUUAAAAGUAACAUUUCUUUGGCAUUUCUUUUAAAGGCAGUUACUGCGUUUGUAUAGUAUGUGUCUUGGCCAUUUUAGAUAUUUUUUCUUUAACAAUACCAAAGGUAAUUAGAUGAUUUUAAAGACUAAUUGCUUGACAGUUUCUAGGAUAUUGUAAGUUUUAGAAGCAAAAAAAAAAAAAAAAAAAAUAGGUCAAACCAGUAAACCUCAUUUUUUUUUCAGACUAAUAAUUUGGGGAAAUAAAAAUUAUUGUUUAAAAAAGAAAUAUUAUAUAUAUAUAUAUAUAUAAAUAUAUAUGUAAAGUUAAAAUUCCAGACCUUGUAUGUCAGGUUUGCUCAGUGUAAUGUAGUUUUUUUAAGGCUCAAAUACCAUACCUCAGAAAAUGAGGUUUACUACGGAAAUACUGAAACAGUCUUCGCAGCUGUGUGACAAGUCACUCUACCACAUACUGAUUUGGAGACCUCCGCUAAACCAUUUUAUCACUGCAGACUAUAAUGUGGGACUUGUAUUUUCUUUGUUUUUAAUGCACACACAUACAUGUUCUGUGCGUGUAUGUGGGUACUGUGUAUAUGUGUAUGAGUGUUGUAUAUGCAUGUGUGAGUGUGUGUCUGUAUGUAUGUACAACUAAAGAAGCUGCAGAAACUUUGUAAUACUUUGUGAAAAGGAUUAUAUUAUAAAGGUUUGUACUGUCUGAGUGCACAGCUACUGGAAUAAAUUUAGGGAAUCUCAGGAACAAGCAUAUAAUUUGUCCAAGAUUUAUUUCUUCUCAGAAGUGUAAGUGCAGUUUUUAAUUCUGUAUAUUAUUUAAUAUUUUACCAAUAAAAUAAACUUCUGACAUAAAAGUUUGCUAUAAAAA